AUGGCAACCAACUCAGAGAGACAGAUAGGUGAAACACUUACGGACAGCUUGUUAAUAGAUAUAUUGACCCCAGGAUAUCUACCCGAUGUAUCUGCAUUACAGGUGCCGCCUGCCGCAUACCAAGGUAAAUAUAAUAAUAAUUAUUAUUCCAAGGCUGUUUUUUAAUGAUCACCAUUGGGAUUGAAAGGGGCUUUGUCAAGCUAUUUGCUAUCUUUUUGAAAAGCUAAAACUUUGUUUCCAGCUAUUGAAUUCCAAUAAUGAUGGUCCAGUUUUGUUAUUUAAGACUAUAAUUUAGGCAUUGAACCUGUUUCCUGUUAUCUGCUACAACUGAUGGCAAGGAUGGACAAAAAUUGAAACUUGAAAAAGUUUUGCGCCAACUUUUUCAAGUUUUGAUGCCUUGCCUGUAAACAGACAAAAACAAAAAAAAAAACAUAUUACUGAAAAACACAUUCUUAAACAUCAGCAAUUUGUUGAACAAUUUGCAUUAAAAAAUUGUAAUGGUUGGGGCUUCCUGAUGAAAUUUGUUUGAUGCCUUUUCCAUAUCUCUAAUGGAGCAUUUUGUGUAUGGGUAAGGCCGGGCACCAAGUAAUGACAUACCAUAUCUUCUUGAUUAAACGCCGGACCCCCAUUUAACGCCGGCCUUGAAGAAACACCAGGUUAAAACUGCCAACUUUUAAAAACACCGGGUGCAUUUAGGUUACAAGGACCAGCUGCAAGUAACUAGAAUCUUGUGAGCAGCACUGCUUUGAAAUACAGCUGUACCAAGUACAGUAUGUUGUUUUGGUAUUUAAUUAAUAAAUGUUCAAAGGAAAAAUACUGCCUUAACAAAAGUAGGAUGGAUGCUGCACAAUAAAAUGUAUGGUACCGUAAUACUGUAACUUUGGGUAAGGUAUGUACGGUUGUCAUCCUUGGAGUUCCUGGGGCAGGACAAAGGGUAAAAUCAUCUGACGUGACAAACUGCCCCUGGGUCUCCAAGGAUCAGUAAUAAUAAAUCAAACUGAAAAACAAAUGACAGAAAAUUGCAUUUCAUUAAUAAAUGCCAGACCCCGAUAAAACACCAGCCUCAAAAAAAGGCUGGGUCAAGACUGCCAAUUUUUGAAUUAUUACCAGGGCAGUUUAAUUGAAAAAUAUGGUAAGCACAGAAUUGACCAGUGACAACAAUAUCCUCUUGACAUAGCCCCUAGAAGGUGGAGGACUUUAUAUUAUACAUACCUUAAUACUUACAUACAUACAACUUUUAUUUACACACAAUAUUAAUUCAAAGCUACAAGCUUGUGGGGUCGUGUGCAAAAAUUACAAAUAAAAUAAACGUUAAAAGUUAUUAAAACUAGGAAAUAAAAUCGUUCAAUCAAAAAUACACAUUAGAAGUACAAAAAACUCUUAGAUCUGUUGUUAAGUUUGUGGCUAAAACGUUGAAAUUAAAAUCGAAAAAAGUCAGCGUGCAAAGGAAGUCAUUUUUACAGCUUGCCAUUUGGGCAAACUGCAGCUAACAUUUACUAGCCCAAAAAACAUUUUGAUGAGAAGAUUGAGUUCACAGUUCUUCUGUAAUUUGAAUUCCUCAACAAAAAUUCACUUGCCCGUCGGGCAAGUUAAUAACAGAAUUCACUAGCCCGAUAGCAAAAUCCACUAGCCCCGGGCUGUUGGACACUACAAGUUUUCUUUACACACUGAAAGUGCAAGACUUGAUGACUUUUUUCAGAAAAGAUUUCAUGUCUGUGCAAUCUAAAAUAGAACCAUUUAAACAACCUAUGGUGUUCCAGAGGACAUCCCCUCUAUAAGCACGAAAUGUAAUCAGAAAAUGUAGAGUGUUUUGCUUGUUCAGUCAACAGUAAUAAGAAAUGAUAAGACAUAUAAUUUUUAUUCUUUGUAGGCCCUUACCUGGAGAUUCUUGAACAACCUAAACAGGUAACAAAAUGAAAAAAAUAUAAACAUUCUUUUACAUUUAGUCCAAGUGAGGUUUUGAUGUUAGUUGUUAAUGUGGUUCAAUUUAUUGUAUUUGGUUUGAAUUUUAUUUCCCUUUGUUUUCAUACCCGACCAUACCUUUCAAUUUAUGCAAUGGAAAUUAGAAGUUAUAUGAAGGUUAGACUUGAAGCGCAGCAUAUGCAUGCUACUUUAGACGUAAUUUAUUUUUUCCUUUGUUUUCUUAGAGAGGCUUUCGUUUCCGGUAUCCUUGCGAGGGCCCAUCUCAUGGAGGCUUACCAGGCCAAUAUUCUGAGAAAGGCAAGAAGUCAUACCCCUCAGUCCAACUGAGUAACUAUCAUGGCCCUGCCCGUGUUGUUGUGUCAUUAGUAACAAUUGACGAGCCUUACAUGCCACAUGCACACAGUCUAAUUGGAAAGAAUUCCAAUGAUGGGGUGGUGACAGUACAGAUUGGCCCAGAGCAUGGAAUGACAGCAAGGUAUUGUAACUUGGACAUUGUAAUGAAAAUUAAGGUUACAGUAAGACAUACAUUGUACAUGUCAGAAAUAUGCUUUUUGGAAAGAGUUUUUUGCCUGGUAACCACACAGCAAUUCCUGUUUCUUCUUAAGGGAGGUCAGAGUUCUCAUUUACCUUCAGUUUUAUAGAUCUGUCCUUAUUGAUUCCCCCUUUUGAAAAUGUCUCCAAAUUGCCAUCCAACUCAGGCCUGUAGCCAGGAUUUUUUAUGGGGAGGUGUGAUCUAUCAUGGAGAUGGACCAAACGAUGCCAGAGGUGCUAGUUUCUGGGUUGGGGGGAAUUAAGUUGCCUGAGACUGCAUUUCAAGCAUUUUGAAAAACUUGGAUAUUUUUCAAACGUUAAAUCUUCAAAAGUAUUUUUUUAAUAGGGUACUUUAUUUUACACUUUGUUAGAAUAGAAAUGUGGGAUGUUAAAAGAAAAAAAAAAGGAGAAAGAAAGUUGUAAAUCCGUAUUAUUCGCUAGGUUUGAUGCAUGAUGUUGCAUCAUGAUCUUUCAAUAGUGUACCAAGCUCAAGCUUCCUUGCAUGUUUCUUAGAAACAGAUCAACCACAGACUUCUUUCUUGUCAAUAUAUGUUAGAUAGUGGAUGUGUUUGUUACCCAGUGAAGAGAGCCUCUCUUGUGCAAUGAAUACUACUUUUUGGUCACAGAAAAUAACUUAUAUUUUAAACAACCCUCAAAGACAAAAGGGCCACACAAAAAGGAACAAUGCAUAUCACAAUCUCCUUCAAGAGAAAAAGGAUCUCAGAUCUCCCUCUUUUAAUUGGAAGGAGCCCAUCAGUGGCUUCUGUAAGUAGCCUGCGUAGCAAGUGUUUCGGUGCAUUUUCUGAGCAAAGAAUGAGAAACAAGAAAAGUACAGUGAGUGAAAGAGUGGGGAGGAGUUGGUCAGCAAGAAAAGGUGGACCACUGGGUUCUGUGGGGGGGGGGGUGCAAGUGCACCCAUCACCCCCCCUCUCUACGGGCCUUGCAAUAACCGUAAAUCUCCAUGGCAACCAGCUCUUGUAAGCGACCACCUCCCAUAAGCCCUCACCUAUCCACAGCACCGACAUUUUUCUUUACAGCCUUACAGUCGAAACCUUUCACAAAUGACCACCUCCUGUAACUGACUACUGACCUACUUAGCUGACUUGCAGUUUCUUGAGCUUUGAUAAAGGUGAAACAUGUCAAUCAAUCUUAAUUAUGUCGCAUGGGAAAAUAGCCUUAAGUUAACCUGGAGUAAAAAAGAAUUGGUUGUGUUUGAAGCUUUAUCUUACUUAAAGUAAUUAUUAUAAGUUACUUGUCUUGAAAUAUUUCUUAGCUUUUUUAGGCUCCGGUGUAAAGACUACCUAUGUUUGCUCUAUGUACUGUCUUACUUAGAGAAUACGAAGAACUGUUAACAACUGCAGGGAACUGCACAAUCAUAUAGACCAUCAAGUGGAUGUGCCCAGACCUGACUUCUCAGGAGGGAUCACCUGUUGUUCGAUUCUUGUAAAAGAUCGCCUAUCAUAAGCAACCACUUAGUUUUUGCCUUUUUGGUAGUAACUCAUCAGAGGUUCAUUUUAGAAGAUCCUUUGACCAUCAAUAUCUUGUUACUUUGGUUAUUUAAUGCAUAUGAUUGUUAAUAAUAUAUACUUUUUCAAUAAUGAUGAUGAUGAUGAUAAUUUUUCAAUUUUAGUUUUCCAAACCUUGGUAUUCAACAUGUAACAAGGAAGAGUGUGUCUAAAGUGCUGAUGGAUCGAUACCUUAAACUUCAGACACUCCACACAGCAACCCUCAAUGCACUAUCAGUGGACAGCAAGGGGUUUAAUGCGGACACAGCAAUGAGGGAUCAAGGUUUAGCUGAUGGUGAUCUCUCAGAAUUUAAUAAAAAUGUGGCUGAAGCAAUUGCGGGUGAGUUACAAAUAGUAAAUGAAUAAUUCUAAUGUACAGUUUACUUCAACAGCUGUACCCUUAACAGUCUGCUCAUGUAAUGUAAUUUAAUUUAUUACACAAAUAUAAAAAUUUAAUUAAAGAAAAAUGCAACUUUGUGAUUUUUUUUCACAAACAUUUUUCAGUUGGCAUAGAUACAUACACUAGCAUUUGACUUCUAAUCAAAUUGUUCACUGUACAGACCUGAGCCCUCGAGUUGAAGUUUUGAUGUUUUUUGUGGUCUUUUUUUAACUUAAUGUGGGUUUUGACAUCUAAAAAAAUUCAUGUGAGAAAUGUAUAUUUUACAGGUGAAAAUUAUAUCCAUGUUAAAAUUUUUAACAUAGGUUGAUUCUCAUCAAGUUCCUUUGUCUCCUAGGGCCAGGAGUUUUAAAAUGGCUUUAUCUUGUUCAUCUUAAUUAGCCAAUUAACACUAAACAGUUCCUGUCAUUUUUAAAUCAGACAGUCAGUGGCUUCUCCCAUAGUGGGUGCAGGGUAACUGAGUUCUGUUUAUCUGAUUUACAGAGGAGGAGUCACGCAAAGUGCGGCAGAUGGUGGAGGAGCAGAAGACUAACAUGAAUUUAAGCGCUGUGCGACUGUGCUUUCAAGCCUACCUUCCUGAUGAGACUGGCUGCUUCACUAAAGCAUUGCCACCUUGUAUCUCAGAUCCAGUUUAUGAUUCAAGUAAGAUGAUCUUAAACUUGGCUUAUUCAUACAUAGGCACUGUAAAUGCUUGCAAAUAUUAUUGAUACUGCUAUAUCCUAUUCUUCAGUUGAUGUUUGAAUUUAUAGUGUCAGCUCUUCUUGGGUGUUAUUAUUAAAUAAAACCUUUGUGUUCAUAGAACUGGGUCAUUUUUAUGCCCCCUAUCUCCCCACAUUGGCAAUGACCUCUUGUCACUUUCUCUGUCUCCGUAGUUGCUAUUGUGGUGAGGUUUUAGCUGUAGUCAUAGGGCAUGCAUUGUACAGAUUGUCUGUUAUAUAACCCUUGGCUGUUUUUCCCAAUCAGAAGCCCCAUCAGCGUCCAAUCUGAAGAUUUGUCGCAUGGAUCGCAACUCUGGAUGCGUUACAGGAAAUGAUGAGGUGUACUUGCUUUGUGACAAGGUGCAGAAAGGUAUGUCAUUUUAAAGUUUUUGUACAUGUCAGAUGACAUUAGAAAGGGUGAGAAAAGAUUUUGUCAAUAUUAUAAUUAGCACCCGACUAUCAAAGCAUACAUGUAGGCAUUAGUCUCUGAAUCAUGGUUUCUGAUGCCUGGGAGUUUGGGGGCAGGGAGUGUGUACUCCAUGAUCAGUGUUAUGGUGGGUGUGUAACACUGGUAUCCUGGAGCCAUGGUCUACACCAGACCAUGUUAUAUUAUUACUCUAUUCCCCAGGACACCAGUAAUAGUUGUUGUGAACACUUUGACUCUAAAAUCCUUAUCACCCAUCUGUUUCUUAUGUUUCGUGUAUAUCUGUAAUGUGUUGCAGACGAUAUUGAAGUUGUGUUUUAUGAGACUGACCCUAAUACUGGCAAGAGGUCAUGGGAAGCUCAUGGAGUCUUCUCUCCCACAGACGUCCAUAGACAGGUGCAGUUUAUCCGCAAUAAUAGUAAUUUAACCCAUAUUUAUUUUGGGCCCAGAGAUUUUGGUGAAAAACACAAUUUAAAGCUAGAUAAGCCAUUUCCUAGUCCUUAUCUAACCAAAUGAAGCAAAACUGCCCAAAAGCAUUGUUUACUUUGCAAGUUAAACAUGAUGCUGGCUUUCUUCCCAAAGUAAAGUUAUGUGUGUACAACUUCUGAAGUUCGGGUGUGGGCAGAAUUUGAGUCUGCAUUUUCUACUUUUAUAUUUGCUAAUCCUUUCCUCUUCUCCCCUCUUCUUUUUCUUUUCUUUCCCCAUUUUUUCUUUUGCUGGGUAUUUACUAUAAAUCCUCAUUAUAAAGACAGUUUGAAGAGUUAAUUCCAUGAAAACCCCAGGAAAAGAAUCUUUUGAAGGACACUGGUAGCAAUAUUAGAUUGUGGAACAAGAUAUCAUUGGAAGUUUUAGGUCAACGUGACGUGUACUUGGUUUUUUGCAUUUUUCUCCUACUUAUCUUGAAUCAUUCUCAUUCUGGUAUGAUUUGAAAGAUCUUUUCCCCAUGCAGGAGUUAGGAAUAAAAGUUAUCUAUGACUAUUAAAAUUGUUUUUGUCACAAGGGGUACAAGGGUUAUGCAUGAGUUUUGAAUGUAUUUAAAUUGCAUGCCUUAAACCUGGAGCUUGGAGGGUUGUAAGUUCGAUUCUCACCUGGAGCUCGGAAUUUUUCUGAGUUUUCUGGUCUUAGAAUUCUUCUUCUUUCAAAUUAAACAUGUAAGUAGCAAAGGAUUUGUAGAACAUCCCCCCUAAACUGAAUAACAAUGAAAUUUAUAGGUUGCCAUAGUGUUCAAAACACCUGCAUACUGGAAUGUUGCCACUGAAAAUCCUGUUAAGGUUCAUCUUGAACUGAGGCGGAAGUCAGAUCAGGAAACCAGUGAACCUGUGGAGUUCACUUAUCAACCUCAGAUGUUUGGUAUGUGGCUCUCUUUCUCAUAGCCUAUGAAAACAUCUGUUUCUCCUUGCUCUUCGCCGUUGGGGACGUUUCGUGAGGAGGAAUGUCUGUGACUCAAGGACAGAAAUUCCAUACUGAUGAUACAAAUCAAUGUUUACAUAAUAAAUCCGGUAGUCGUGGGGUUCCAAAUAUAUUUUUGUCCAAUUUUCUGAAUUUUACGUGUCUUCUGGUCAAUUUUGGUGAAGUGUUGUGUUCAUCUGCCAACGAGCUCCAGCAAAACUCAAUUGCUUCUUCUAGAGAACACUGUAUUUUGCAAAUAUUGACUGUUUUGUUAGAGAUUCUUCGUGUUUACAUUUGACCUUUGUGGCCUUUUGUCUUUUGUCUGUCAUUCAUAAACAAUAGCUAAAACAAUGUAACUACUCCGUCGACCAAUCAUCGCUUCUGACUGGAUUUCGGACCGAUUUUACGUCAUCAGUAUGGAAUUUCUGUUGCUGAGUCACAGAUGUUUCUCUGCUCGAAAUGUCCCCAGUGGUGAAGAGCGAGGAGAAACGGAUGUUUUCGCAGACUAUCUUUCUCAGAGAUUGUUUAGUUAGAAACAAUGAUAGCUAUUGCUACAGUGUUGACAGAAUCAUCGAAAAUUUGCUAUUUAAAUUAUAUGAAAAAUAUUAAAUAAUAUGCAAGUAGAUAAAUAUUGCAAAAUCAAAGCUGUUGAUUUGAAUGUAUUUUGCAAAAAAAAAAAGAAUAUGUAUGUUACAGGCCAAAAUUAAAUUCAGAAUAAUUAUUCACUUAGAAGGGAGGCAAUCUAAAGCAAAGUAGUAGAUGCAUAUUUAAAAGCUUUUUCUACGUCAAUGUUGUCUCAAUCUUAUAAUCCUGUAAAUUUCAUCAAUGUAAAAUCAUUUCUUAUAUGAUUUUGGUGAGUGCAAGGCUUUCCUUGGCAUUGACAGGAAUAAUAUCAGAAUUAAUCUUUUGCAAGAUUUGUUAUUUCUAUUGAGAUGUAUAUAUUGCUUUUGUUUUUAGACAAAGAGCAGAUUGGUGCUAAGAGACGGAAGAAGAUUCCGCAUUUCUCAGACUAUUUUCCAGGGGGAGGGGGUGGCCCACCCAGUGUGGGUGGUGCUGGUGGUGGAGGAGGUUUUGCUGGUUUUGCUGGGUUUGGAUUGUUUCCAACCUUUAACUUUAUGGGAUUACAGUCCAGUAAUCAAGGUGAGUUUAACAGAAGGUACUUGGCUGUUGCAUGUGGCUCUUUUUAAGGUGCAGCAAAGAUUCUUUGAAAAAUGAUAAGUUAAACAUGUUGUUUUUCCUGUUAACUUCAGCUGCCCUCAGAUGUUCAAACGUUGGAUAGCGCUGUCCACCAGGCCCCAGUUGUUCAAAAGGUGGAUAAUGCUAUCCACUGGAUAACACAUUAUUGGACUGACCAACACUUACAUGUACAUGGAUAGUGAUUUAUCUGGUGGAUAGCCCUAUCCAGUGUUUCAACAACUGGGCCCUGAUAAAUUACUAUCCAGCGAAUAAGUGUUGUCUGCUGGACAGAAAUUUAUCCAGUGGAUAUAAGCGUUAUCCACCCUUUUAACAACUUUGGCCUGAUCUGUAGUACUUUUGUCAGGUAACUUUGUGGACAGUGCCUUCCAUGUUUUGAUACUAGUAACCAUGUUUUUGAAGACAGUCAUUGAUAUUUUUGUUAUGUAAAAUUGAUUUGAUCAGAUUUGUUCCUGACCAUGCAAUCAGCACUCUUCUUGGUCACUUUUUAUAUUCUGUCCUGACUUAUAAUAAUAUUACCUAUGUACGUUGUACCAUUUUUUCCACAAACAUUUGACUUGAUUCACACAACUGAAUCAGAAUAUUAUUGUCUGUCACAUUAAGGAGAUGGCUCAGGCACUUCUCAGCAAGGACAGUCGACUUCAUCUGGGCAGACACAUAUGGCUCAACAAUCAAGCAGGUUACCAGAAUCAGGUUAGUGGAUCAGCUAAUGGCUGUGAGAUUUCAAACCAUAGCACACCAUUAUACUUUAUUGCUUGUUAAUUGUGUUCCAAGGCAGGAAUGAUCCCCAGUGACUUUUAGUGCUGAUUCCAGAAGUUUGUUCUUUAACAUCUGCCUUAGAAACACUUAAAAUGUUUGUUGUCUUGUGUUAACAGUAAAUUGGUGUCAACUUGUUGAGUGGCUGUAUUUAAGACUAGUGACUGGCUGUAUGGUGUGUCCUGUAAGUAGCAGUAAGAUAAUAGUUAGCGGUAUGUUAUUGUUUUCAUAAGUGUUUUGUCUGUGAAUGUUUGAAAUAUAACAAAACAAAAUUUUAGCUUAAAGAAGGGCAAUACAGUGUCGUCGAAAUUUUUUUAUCGGUUUAAUGGUUUUAUUGGUAGUCUGAUUAAAUUUGCCUUGUUAUAGAAAUCUCACUCAAUGAAUUAGCCUGGAAUCUUGCUGAGAAGUCAGCUGCAGCUAUGCGUGAUUAUGCUACUUCGGGUGAUGUGCGAUACCUGCUUGCUGUACAGAGACAUUUAACAGCUGUCCAAGAUGAUAAUGGAGACACGUAAGUAACAUGACUGUGUAUAACUAUAUGUAAUUCUAAAUCUUAACCCUGAUGCGCUUAGUUCAUGCAGCUCUCUUUUUCUGCAGAAGCUCUUGUAGACUUCAAAAGUUGGCAAUGGUUAUAUGGAAGAUGGAAAAGGCAGGCCUCAGCCUUUCUCUAAAUAUCCUUCCUGUUUUUCUGCCUACUUUAUUUCUACUCUCUGUAGCCUCUGUAUGUACCAGUAUAAGAUGAUGAUGAUUAUUAUUAUUAUGACAUCUUUAGGACUUGUUUGGCACUCUUAUUGCUGCAGUUGCCUUUUGACCCAUUCAAUUAUAAUAAUUUCUGUAUGUCUAUAAAACUUGCACAUGAAAUUUUUACUGCUAUUUUUGACUGCUUCAGUAGUUACCCCAUUAAUACUGACUUUUAUAUUUUCAAGACUGUUGAGAGUUGGGGACGUUUGAGAAUAAGGAGUGCUUUUUCAAGUACAUUUUAAUAAAAAUUAUCUGAUAGUGAAGAAAAAAAAUGUAAAUAGUAAUUAUUUGAUGCUCAAAUGAACUAAUCUACUUGUCUUAAACACUGGCUGCUUCAUUUUGAGUUGACUUUUGAUUUUUCUGUUCAACAGAGCACUUCAUCUUGCAGUUAUCAACUCACAGCAAGAAGUGAUGCAGUGUCUUGUUGAAGUUAUGGCUGGACUGCCUGAAACCUUUGUCAAUGAAUUUAACUUUUUAAGACAAGUAAGCAGUAAUUAUUUUUUUCUUACACUGUUGUUACAGUAUAGUAGCAUUGUAGUAAAAAAGAAGAAUUUUAUAACAUAGCGCCAGAAACUCGAAAUGAGUUUCUGAUAGCGCAUGCUUGCCCCUAUCUACAUAGGUCCUUUUGAGUACCAACUUGGGAAGUUAAAAAAGUCUCGUGCUCCCCUAAACGCUUCAAGUGCAUCUAUAACUCGUUAUACGCAUGCUACAGUGUAAGCAUGAAACGAUUCUCAAAAAAACCUGCUUCAUUGAGUGUCACUGUAUCAAGAAUGAAUUAAGGUCUAAUAAGGGCACUCUUGUUACACUGAUCUUAUCCCCAGCUAAAGAUGGCAUGGCCAUUCCUAAGAGGUCAUUAAAGCCACUCUUAAUGCAAGCCAUUUUCAGGCAAAGGGUAGAACCUUCUUCCCUGGUUUUUUCAAGGACACCGGUAACUGGUUUCACUCCAGGAAUUAAACCCACAACCCUGUGUAGUUACCAACUAAGCCAACCCAGUCAUGGUCAAAGUUAAUUCUAAAUGGGGUCCUGAUCAAGUUUGCCUCUAGUUUGUCACAUUCAUAAUUCUGAAAUCAGCCAGUCAGUCAAUCAGUUGGCCAGUUAUUUACUCUGCCUGAGGUCCUGUUAGGGUCAAAUUCCAACUAGGACAUGGCCUUGAAACAUUGACAUACAGUGUAAGGUAUGGGAAAUGCGGGCAACAUACCACACAAAGAUGGGUUGAAAAAAACUGCGACUGUGACAAAAAUUAGUGCAAAUACAUUGGUAAACUACAGACAGGGACAUGGCUUUCUCCUCAAUAUGCAAAACAAAUGGUUUUGAAAUUCAGACUAAGGACAUAAACUCCUGCCACUAUAAAGAAGGCCUUGCCAGAAAAUCCAUAGUCAGUAAAUGGUUUCGUCACUCAUUCCUGAUCUUUCAUUCAGUCAGUUAGUUAGUCAGGCAGCCAGUCAGUCAGUCAUUAAGUCAUGUUAAUCAAUCUUUCUUCGCUGCCCUUCAGCUAAUCAAUAAUAAAUUGCCAUAAAAUAUUUACUCUCCCCAGACUCCUCUCCACCUGGCUGCCAUCACCAAACAGCCCCAUGCUCUUGAUUGUCUCUUAAGAGCUGGUGCGAAUCCCAGGCUGCGUGAUCGGCACGGCAACACUGUUGUGCACAUUGCAUGCACUUAUGGAGAUGGUGCCUGUCUGAAAGCACUGUUGAAUCACAGUGCACCAAAAACUGUGCUUAAUCUUCAAAACUACCAAGGCAAGUGCUUUUAGGAAUAUUCGACAUGUGAAAAGCCUGGGCUACUUAAAACCGUCAUAAACUAAGGCCUCUUGUAUAAAACAGGGUAAAAAAGGUUUUGUCAGAGUUUGAAGACCUCAGUGGCACAACCCUACUUAAGCUUCUACUGUGCGCCCCAGCCUCCUGGGUAGAGAUUUUGCAUGGGUGUUACAAGUGUGAAUUUUCAAGGGAUGAUAUUCGAGGGAUACCAAAUUCCAGUUGUUUGAAAGUAACAGGGGUUGGAGGGUUUUGUAGAGGAGGUGUGGGUUUUUCCUGGAACGACUCAUCUUGUGAUGUUGCAGAGUUCAUUAGUUACCAAAAUUGUCGAAAAUAAGGCAGUACUGACUAUAUUUAAUUUUGCUUUCAGGUUUGACUCCAGUCCAUCUAGCAGUGUUGUCAGGCAGCAAAGAUGCACUGAAACUUUUGAACUUUGCAGGUGCCAACCUGAGUGCUCAGGUGUGAAAAGUUUUCAUAUUUUUUCAGACUGGCCAUUUUAAGUUUAGGCUGUGUGACCACAUUUCGUAGUCAUCACCUUUUCAGCGUUAAUCCUUGGAAGUGGCCAAAAAAUGAUUUUAAAUAACAGUAUUAAAAUACCAUCGGUUAUGUAGCCAUUUUCUCACGUAAGUCUGCAAAACUGACGGUGUUUACUGUAGCUUUAAGUCAGGUGAUUCAGUUUUUCUGCACACCAUUUGCACUUACAUUCUGAGUGUAAAUCCGCCAUAUUGCGCGCAAUUUACACGCGUGUACUGUAAAUGCUUCAAUUCCCGUGGCCAGUGCUGUAUCCCGGCCAUGCUUUAUAGUAUGAACGUUUGAUUAUAUUUGCUGUUCUCUGUCAGGAUGGUACAAGUGGAAAGACCCCUCUUCACUAUGCAGUAGAACAAGGCAAUCUUCCCUUGGCUGGUUUUCUCAUUUUGGAGGUUAGUUUUCCUUGUCUAAUUGCAUCCGGGUAGUAUCACCUGUGACUGAUGCGACAGGGUCCGACGAGCUAUGGGUUUGGGUGGGCAAUGGUUUCGCUGGAAUAUUUUAUUACCAUUAUUAACUAAAAUCUUUAAUCUUUGUGUUGCAUGAACAUCAUAUCAUAUUGUUAUUACGGUAUGUUUUAAAUCUACUUUUUUGUGCAGGAAACUAACAGAAUUGUGAUAAAAAUUAGACAGAUUUUUCAGGAUUGAUAGAAAUAAACGCGUUUCUGGUGAUUUCAGAAGCUCUAAAUGUUAAACUUUUCGAGGAGAACAUGCCCACGAACCCCUCCUAGAUAAGCUCGAGCCAUCGGCGCUCACUGAAGCCCACCAGUCUAAAAUAUGCUGCGCAGUCCCUGCACGAUUAUUAAUCCAUUAAACUGUGCUACCCUUUACUGUUAUUAAUCGAACCGUUUGGAACUGACUUUCAGGGCAACUGCGAUGUAGAUGCGUCCUCAUUUGAUGGCAACACCGCGCUUCACCUAGCUGCUGGAUACGGACUCAAGGGACAGACCGCUUUACUUGUGGCUGCUGGAGCUGACACAUCGUUACAGAACUCUGACGAAGAAACUGCUUUUGACUUGGCUAACGUAGCGGAAGUAAGGUUUUGUCAAUGUCAACAAAAUAAUUGAGAAGACAGAAAGCGCUAUAUAGAGAAAUGCCUGUUGAAGAGUUGGAAGUAAGAUUUGAAAAAAGGUGUUCAGAAAUUGUUUUCCAAUGUAGUCCUGUUCGCUAUGCAUCGUAUGACUGCUUUACCUUGACUCUCUUAUCAAUGAAUGGACGCCAAUACGCCGAAAGAAUAGCUUAAACUACGAUAAGGGAAAAGGGGGGUGAUCCUGUAAUGAUUUUAAAGCUUCACCCCCGUGGCUAGCCUUUUGGCUCUUGACCCACACUUAAUUUGGGUUUGGAAAUCUUAAUUUUAUGUCCACAGUAAAUUAAAAAUCUCGACCCUGUCAUUUUGUAUCCUUGUAACUGAAUUAGUUUCUACCUUAUGAUUUGUCUCCAGGUUCAGGAAAUAUUAGAUGAAGAUGAAGCACUAAGUACCGAUCCUUCUCAAGGUAGGCAACGAACUCGUAGAGUCUUAGCAAUGCGGCACAUUCGAUACUGUUGUGGUCAAAUGUUUUUUUUUUUUUAAUCUUUCGGAUGGCUCCAUCACAAAUGCCAAAAGUGCGGUGUCUAAUUGCGAAUUACCCGACAGGUGUGUGAAAAAUGCGCUCUGUGCAAAAUCUAGUAGUCGUUACUUACUUGUGCAAGACUUUGCAAGGGACCGAGCAUUUGAGACGUCUCCAAUACUGCUACAUGGGUUGGGUCCUUCUUCAGCGCCAUUUACAGACGUUGUGAGGUGACUCAGUUAAAGGUGGCACCCAAGACGUCAUGUUGAACUGACCUGAUUCGCUUAUUUAUAUUUUUAUUUUUCAGAUAUAUCCGCUGGUGUGGCGAAUAUGAAACUUGGCCAAGGUUGGUGUCUUUACUCAAGAUUUGUUGAAGAAUUAUCAGCCCUUGAUCAAUUAAUUUUACCCCAAAACCUUGCUGAUACGUGCAUAAAUCGCCGGGAGCUUUUUAAGGGGAGCGUACCUAACUCUCGUUCGGCUGUCUGCGUCCCUUGGCUUAUCUUGUCUAUUUAAGUACAUGAUAUAGUAUUAUAUACAUAUCACAUUCAUAUUUUCAGGUGACCUGGACAAGCUAGACCCGUAUGUUCGACGGAAAAUGGCUCAAAGACUAGACAUCCCUACUGACGCGAACUGGCGUGAGUUAGCCAGGAGGCUGAAGCUAGGUACAUUAGAGAGGGCGUUCGAAAUACACACGAGUCCAACCAUUCAGGUGCUGGCUGAAUAUGAGGUAUGUAGUCAGCUCUUUGAUGCGUCAGAUCGACUGUGGACAUGUCGCAAGUAUUGCUUUGUAACAAUUAUGGCUGGUAUCUCUGUGGUGAUGAAAAGUGCGCGUCACACCUCAGUCCGAUCAUGGAGUUGUUGAGACUGGCGCAUCUCCAAUCAGUAGACACGGAAGCUGUGGGAAUGUUUUAACGCAAACCUCCACUGUUACAACAAGUUGACAAGUUGACGACAACAAGUUGACAUUACACUGCUGAAAAUGAAGCUUAAAUUUUAAUUCUAUUCCCAAUCAGUCGAUAGAAAAUUUGGAUGGCUAUUGAUGGAUUUGAAUCCUGCCAUCUGGCUUUAAAUGUUUACGGAAUAAGGCUAUAUUCCAAUUUCUUUGACCUGUUGCCCCCAAACAUUGUGUUGCCAAAUUUUGUUGCUCCGGGCGAUUUUCACUUAUUCCUUUCCUUGCUUGUCGCAGCCGUUGCAAACAAAGGAACCUCAGUUUAUAAUGGAAUCGGAAACCACUUAACGUCGAAAAAUUUCAAAAUGGCAGCUCUCGAGAAAUUUAGAGACGAAGACAGAGGCUAUUCAGAAGUACAUAAAGUCAUUAAAGGGAGUUAUAACUGUUAUAUGCUAACCUGUAUUUCCUAUGUUCGUUUUUCCCAGGCUGCGGAAGGAACUAUCAAGACUUUAAGUGAGGUACUUUUUGACAUGCGCAGAGGAGACGUGUUAGACAUCCUUGAAGGCAGGCAUGACUCCGGCUUUGACUCAGGGUUUGGAUCCCAGUCUCUCUCCUUCAACAAAUCAGAAGGUAAUGUUUGUGCCUCCAUCGAUUUGGAAUUAAAAGACGUCAUUUUUGGACCUUUGGGUUUGUUACAACAAUUCUCCAAUUGCAGAUUACUAAAGGGCUUUCUGAGUUACCUUGGGAGUCCCCACUGGUAUUGACUGGUGAUUUUUAUCCACAUUUGUGUGCAAAUAAAGAGAAAAACCAAGCAUAUAUCAUUGAAAUUGGCUUUAUGAGUGGGUAAUGAGUAUAAAAAAUGCCGCAUAAGGUCAUCAAUAUUCCAAGUGGUUAACCAUGUCACCAAACUAAACCGUUCGGUGAUAAAACGUUAAUACAUUUUAAGAUAGCCAGAAAUCAGUUUUCAUUCUCUGGCGGAUUUACUCAGGAGUGAAAUAAUUAAACGAAAAUGUUUAAAAAGAACAUCAAAGCAUUUUGCUAUGUUGAUUUGUUUCUUUCUAAGAAAAUCGAAUGGCCCCGAGUAAAAGGUGUUAAACAGUAGCUGUUUCUUUUUAGAAUUGACGUCUUAUGGAGCAGGAAUCUCUGAAGUCUCGCAUAAGGUCAUCAAUAUUCCAAGUGGUUAACCAUGUCACCAAACUAAACCGUUCGGUGAUAUAACGUUAAUACAUUUUAAGAUAGCCAGAAAUCAGUUUUCAUUCUCUGGCGGAUUUACUCAGGAGUGAAAUAAUUAAACGAAAAUGUUUAAAAAGAACAUCAAAGCAUUAUGCUAUGUUGAUUUGUUUCUUUCUAAGAAAAUCGAAUGGCCCCGAGUAAAAGGUGUUAAACAGUAGCUGUUUCUUUUUAGAAUUGACGUCUUAUGGAGCAGGAAUCUCUGAAGUCUCGUCUGGUUCUUCGCUACGAAAAGAAAAGGCCACUUUUGAUCCGUCACGAAAGGCCGGACACUUUCGACCGAACAGACUGCACCAAGAUGUGUUUUAACUACGAGCUGUGUUUUAGUACUAAAUACCUAAAUGAUGAAAGUUACGAAACUUAGAGGUUAUCCAGCAUUUGUGGCAUCGUGUAUAACAUGAGACAGUGUUACAUGAAAAUGUGUUUUGUGCCACACAACGCAAGGUAAAAUCUCUGCAUACAACCGUGAGAUAGUCAUUAGUCCACAGGGAACUUUUCUUGGUGUAUUGUUGAUGGUAGUUUGGUAUUGUUCACCGAGUGUCUUCUGUUAUAUUAUCGAUCGCACCUUCUGCAACACCAAUUAACUGCCCUACUAGGUAGAGUCAGACAUUUGUAGAGAUUUAAUGUGUCAUAUGAAUAUCCUAUAUUAUCGCCAUUGUUCAUAUAGAUAACUAUCAAUAAAGUAGAAAGUCAGCAAUUGUUAUUUAUUUUAAGAGUCGAUUCAAGACAAUUUGUUUUUGAAUGGACACCUCUUCUUAGUUAACAACAACUCAAAAUAGCCAUUAUCAAAGCUUUAGUAUUUUCUACGGAAAUGAAAUGGGCUACUUUAAAUGUGAAAGACGUUCAUAUCUGUAGAGUAUUUGCCUGCGUGAAAACUGUGUGGAAAAUAGGCAGUUGACUGUCGUGAAGUGAAGUGAAUGUACUCUGCGUAACCGCUCCCUGAGGGACCAAACUUAAAUCUACCAUAAAUAAAAAAGGAGUUGGGAGACCAGGCAAGGAUCAUCCGGUCAUGGAAGGGAGAAAGUGAUGGGCCAUGGGGCGUGACAACAUUUUAGUAACAAAACCUCUGAAACAUGGUGAUUCCGUGAGGUCAAAUAAUGUGGAGAUGGCUAGAGCGGGGAUAUUUACCGUCAGUUCUUUUAAGGCAAUUUAAUUUUUUGGGGGUAACUGGCAUUGUAGGAUUUUGAUCUCCCCAAUACAGUUGAACCUCUCCUCAAGGGCCACCCUUGGGACAGAAGAAAGUGGCCGCUAGUAUGGACUGUCUGCCAAGAAAAUUCACUGAUUUGGCUUUGAUCGUAGUGGCAUUUCUAAAGGUGAUAGAUGUACUAUCUAUGCAGAUGAAGUGUGCUAGUACCUCUUAAGAGGAUAAAUAGAUGUAAUAAGCGAAAUAUUCAAAGUUAUAGUAGGCAAAAACUUUGUGCACAACCAGCUCUGCUGGCGUAACUUGGUGUCAAACAAAAGUUUUUAAAAUUUUGACUAGCCCUUUUCAUUUUUCUGAGCAGUGUCUCACCGCGUUUAAAGUUGUUAAGAGCAACCAACGUAAAUGUUAUUUAAGCCUGGUAUGCCCUCGUAACCUGCAUGACAAGCCCAAGGAAUUUAUGCAGAGAACUCCAGAGUAGCUUUGUGACAGGUUAUUUCUAUUGUUAUUGAAAAUUAUCUUCUUUCUAUCGAUGUGAUUUGAUUUUCAUUAGUUAAAAGCCUGAAAUAGAAUUUGUUUGUGUUGUUUUUUAUACGUAAAUAAUUUGAGCCUGAGAAGGUAAAAAGUAUGUAUCCACGAGAAAAAGAUGACAUUAUUGUUGACGUACUUUCAUAAAAAAAUCCAUUAAACACGAACCUACAAAAUUUUAACUCAAAGAGUAAAACAGUUAGUUGAGUUUUAAAGUUAGCGUAAAGUUUCUAUUAUAUCUUCAUGUCUUUUGGGAAUUAAAGUGUUGUAACAU